CUGCUACACUCGGAACUGUUGUAGGCCAGAGGGAGCCACGCGGCCAGAAGUCUUCGUGUUAUGGGACGCAACAAGAAGAAGAAGAGGCGAGAUGGAGAUGACCGGCGGCCCCGGCUCGUCCUCAAUUUCGAUGAAGAGAAGCGGCGAGAAUACCUGACAGGCUUCCACAAGCGGAAGGUAGAGCGCAAGAAGGCAGCCAUUGAAGAGAUAAGACAGAAGCUGAAGCAGGAGCAGAAGAAGCUUCGGGAAGAGCGCCACCAGGAAUACCUGAAGAUGCUGGCAGAAAGAGAGGAGGCACUAGAGGAGGCAGAUGAGCUGGAGCGGCUAGUGACAGCAAAGACAGAGUCGGUGCAGUAUGACCACCCAAAUCACACAGUCACCGUGACCACCAUCAGUGACCUGGACCUCUCAGGGGCCCGGCUGCUAGGCCUGCCCCUGCCUGAGCAAGGGGACCAGGAUGAGUCCCAGGAGGAAGUGUCAUCCUCGGAGAAGCCAACAAAAGCCUUGCCCAGGAAGUCCAAAGAUCCCCUGCUCUCUCAGCGCAUCUCCUCCCUCACAGCCACACUGCAUGCACACAGUCGGAAGAAGGUCAAGAGGAAACACCCUCGUCGGGCCCAGGAUUCCACCAAGAAACCCCCAAGUGCUACUCGGACCAGCAAGACCCAGCGCCGUCGCCGGAUGACUGGAAAAGCCAGGCACAGUGGGGAGUGAGGCCUCAAGCAGCAGCCUGUGGGUU